AUGCGGAACCCCUUUAGCAAAGAUGACGAGAAGCGCUCCGAGUCGCCCAUCGAGGCCGCCGCCGUCAAUAGCGACGGCGAGGUCGGUGAGGCCGCGGACGACCUCCACCGUGGGAUGAAGCCGCGCCAGCUGAGUUCGUCGCCCGUUGCUCCUCUAGGUAUGGCUAUUGCUGGCGCCAUCGGUACUGGUCUGAUUCUCGGCUCCGCGUCUGCGCUCAAGAACGGCGGCCCCGGCUCGCUGCUCAUCGCCUACGUCCUCAUGGGCUGGGUCGUCUACGUCGUCAUGGUCGCCCUCGGCGAGAUGGGCACCUGGCUUCCCCACAAGAAGAGCUUCUCCGGCUACGCUACCCGCUUCGUUGAUCCUGCUUUCGGCUACGCCACAGGCUGGAAUUACUUUCUGAAAUACGCCGUCGUGCUGCCAAACAACCUGACCGCAACGGGCCUGCUCCUGAGAUACUGGGCACCCGAUAUCAACGUCGGAGUCUGGAUCACCGUCUUUGGAAUUGCCAUCAUCUUGCUCAAUCUCAUCCAUGUCUCCUUCUUUGGCGAGGCCGAGUUCUGGAUGUCUCUGGUCAAGGCCCUGGUCAUCGUGAUGCUGAUCCUGCUCUGCUUCAUCAUCGCGCUCGGCGGCGGUCCCAACGGCUUCCGAUCCGGCUUCUACUACUGGGAGAACCCCGGCGCCUUCGCGCAGUACAACGGCAUCCCGGGCCCCACCGGCCGCUUCCUCGGCCUCUGGGCCUCCAUGGUCCAGGCCACCUUUGCCUACCUGGGCACCGAGCUGGUCGGUGUGGCCUUUGGCGAGACGCCGAACCCGCGCAAGAACGUCCCCCGGGCCGUCCGCCAGACCCUCGGCCGCAUCAUCUUCUUCUACCUCGGCGGCGUCCUCGUGCUCGGCAUGGCCGUCCCCUCGACGCACCCGGCGCUGCUCACGGCGGCGGCCUCCAAGACGCCAAAGGGUGACGCCUCCCCCUUCGUCGUGGCCGCCACCAUCUCGGGCAUCAACAAGCUCGACCAGGCCGUCAACGGCCUGCUGCUCGUCUUCACCAUCUCGGCCGCCAACUCGGACAUCUACCUGGCCGCGCGCUCGCUCUGGGCCCUGUCCAAGGACGGCCAGGCCUUUGCCAUGUUUGGCCGCACCAACAAGCGCGGCGUGCCCAUCCCCGCCGUGGCGCUGUCGUCGCUCUUCAUCGCGCUGGGCUACCUCAACGUGACGACGAGCGCCGCCGUCGUCUUUGGCUACUUUGUGUCCAUGGUGACCGUCUUUGGCGCCCUCAACUGGAUCGCCGUGUUGGUGUCGUACAUUUGCAUGGUGCGCGGCAUGAAGGCCCAGGGCAUACCGCGCUCGUCCCUCCCCUACACCAACCCGCUCCUGCCCUGGGGCGCCUACAUCGCGCUCUUCAUCACCAUCGUCAUCAUCAUCUUCAACGGCUUCGCCGCCUUCAUGCCCACGUUCCAGGUCGACAAGUUCAUCACCAGCUACAUCGGCAUCCCCAUCUACCUGUUUAACAUCGCCUUUUGGAAGAUCAAGAACAAGACCAAGAUGGUCAAGCCCGAGGAGAUGGACCUGACGACGGGCCGGAGGGACGACUAA